AUGAAUCUUGCGUUUUUCGCAAGCUCCGCUCAGUCCUUCGGCGUUUUUCACUUGAACACUUCUAACACAGCUUGCCCUGGGAGAUGUGAAACUGGGUGGACCUACUUGGACAAAACGGAUGCUUGCUAUAAGACUUUCUUCUGGGAAACUUUCGACACCGCCGAGAGCGUUUGCAGAAGUGUUGGAGCGCAUUUGACCUCUAUCCACAGCGCUGAUGAAAAUCACUUCGUAGCUGAUGUGGCAAGGUCAGGUUUCAAGAUUGGUUGGACUGAGUGGACUUGGAUAGGUCUAAAACGAGCCGAAUAUAACAGCGAGAGGUGGCUCUGGACUGAUGGCACAAAAGUUGACUUUCUAGCAUGGAGUAAAGGUUCACCGGAUAACUACCAUGGUAGAGAACACUGCGGAGAGCUGGCCACUGAUAAUACUGGAGACGCUAAUGAGUACCACAAAUGGAAUGACAUACGCUGUGACCACAGAAUGAGAGCGUUUGUAUGCAAGAAAAAGGCCUUACACUGAAGCGAGCGAUACUUAUCUGAAUUUGAUUGUUGUGGCUUACGAUU